GGCGCCGGGUUGUGCGCGGGAGGCGGGGCGCAGUGGACCGCGCGAGCGGGCGGCGCGGGCAGCGACUCCGCACGCGGCGAGUGGGCAGAACGGCGCUGCGUCUCCAGCAGGAGCUGUGGGCACCUGGCAGGUCUCGGCAAGGUGAGGAGAUGCUCGCGGCGCCGGCCGUGCUGUGCGUGUGCGCGGCCGCCUGGUGCGGUCAGGCUCUUGCGGUGGGGCAGCUGGACGGCGGCAAUUUUCUGGAUGAUAAACAAUGGCUCACUACUAUCUCUCAGUACGACAAGGAAGUCGGACAGUGGAACAAAUUUCGAGAUGAUGAUUAUUUCCGCACUUGGAGUCCGGGAAAACCCUUCAAUCAGGCUUUAGAUCCAGCUAAAGAUCCAUGCUUAAAGAUGAAAUGUAGUCGUCAUAAAGUGUGCAUUGCUCAAGAUCCUCAGACGGCAGUCUGCGUUAGUCAUCGGAGGCUUACACACAGUGUGAAGGAGUCAGGAACAGGCCAUAAGCAAUGGAGGGGUCGCCUGUCAUCCACCUGCAAGCAGUGCCCAGCGGUCUAUGCCAGGCCCGUCUGUGGUUCAGAUGGUCACACCUACUCUUCUCAGUGCAAACUGGAAUAUCAGGCAUGUGCCUUAGGAAAACAGAUUUCAGUCCAAUGUGAAGGACAUUGCCCGUGUUCUUCAGAUAAGUCAACCAGUGGGAGCAGAAAUGUUACGAGACCUUGCAGUGACCUGGAGUUCAGGGAAGUGGCAAACAGAUUGCGGGACUGGUUCAAGGCCCUUCACGAAAGCGGAAGCCAGAACAAGAAGCCAAAACCGCUGCUGAGGCCUGAGAGAAGCAGAUUUGAUACAAGCAUCUUGCCAAUUUGCAAGGACUCACUUGGCUGGAUGUUUAACAGACUUGAUACAAACUAUGACCUGCUAUUAGACCAGUCAGAGCUUGGGAGCAUUUUCCUUGAUAAGAAUGAGCAGUGCACCAAGGCAUUCUUCAAUUCUUGUGACACGUACAAGGACAGUUUGAUAUCUAACAAUGAAUGGUGUUAUUGCUUUCAGAGACAGCAAGACCCACCUUGCCAGACGGAGCUCAGCAAUAUUCAGAGGCGACAAGGGAUAAAGAAGCUGCUGAGACAGUACCUCCCUCUGUGUGACGAGGAUGGCUACUACAAGCCGACACAGUGCCACGGCAGUGCUGGCCAGUGCUGGUGUGUUGACAGAUACGGGAAUGAGGUCAUGGGAUCCAGAAUAAAUGGUGUUGCGGAUUGUGCUGUCGAUUUUGAGAUCUCUGGAGAUUUUGCAAGUGGAGACUUUCACGAAUGGGCAGAUGAUGAGGCCGCUGACGAUGAUGUCGUGAAUGAGGAAGAUGACAUUGAAGACGACGACGAGGACGGAGGGGAGGAUGGUGACGAUGGCGACGGCCACGAUGGAUACGUUUGAUUGAGGACAGAGGAGAUUGAUAGACGCUGCGUUUCUGAGACAUGCAAAGUGACAGCCUGCUGAGAAUCCCCUUCUUGCCCCCAAACAAAAUGAUUCUAAACCUCAUAUAUAUUUUGUAUAAUUAUUUCAGAUAUUGAAGCUAAAGUCAUAGAACUUUAUGUUUAAGUAAGAAUCGUUUGCUUUGAGUUUUUAUAUGCCUUACAGAAAAAGAAAAUGCUUAUGGAGUCUAGCCAGACCGAAAAGUUGUGAGGAGCUACAAAAAAUGCACUUUUUAUAAGAAAAACUUGGUAAAUCUCACACAAACAAAACGACAGCCAGUGCUUGGAAUUGCAUGUAUUAUUUUUCCUGACACAUAGUCUAAAUUACAUUUACAGUAAUUAUUUAGUGACCUUGGCCCCAAGGGUUUUAUAAAAUUAUACAUGACCUUCAUUGCACUUUGGAAGUAGCAUCUUCACAAACCUGGAGUGAGUCAGGACAACUGAGAGAGAGACCAUGUGCUGAGAAAAACAAAGAGGCAGUAGCAGAUUCUCUGCUGUGUUUACAUUCAUGGUGGUGUUUUUAUUAUGAAUUUAUUAGGGAUAUGGUAGGAUAUUUUUCAAAAGGCAAGUAUGGAAAAAACAUGGAUUCUGAAAGCUAAAAAUUUAGUAGUCCUCUCUAACAUGUAUUUUAAUUUUGAUGGCAGUCUUGUGUAGAUGUUUUUAAUAUUCUUUAACAGCAGAUUUCUUUUUUGCAGAUUUUGUCCAGGGCCGGGUUUGAACCCGCCUUCUCUGGUAUAUGGGGCCCGUGCCCUACUCUUUGAGCCACAGGUACUGCCCAACAGCAGAUUUCUUAACCUUUCUAGAUUAUUUUAUCUUUCUGACUAGCAAUUUUAGGACAAAAAAUUUAAAUUAGGAAGAUACAGGUAAAGGGAAUUUAUUUAAACUGUAUUUUCAAAAAAAUGUUGUCUUUUGCCCCAAGGCCAAAUUUUUAAAUCUUAAUUCUCAUUUUAGUUCCUGUUUCAAAUUAAAUUUGCAUUUAAUCUUAGAAUUAUGCCAUUUUUGUUAGUAGUGCUGAAACUUAGAGAUCGUAUUGUAUGGUGCCUUGCAAAAAUAGAAAUAGAAAGGGUUUAGCAUGCGUACCAAUAUAGGAUAAUAGGCAAUAUAUGAGCACACCUAAAUAACAAAUUAAUAUCAGUACAGGUACUGCUGCUGGAAUGAAGAAAAUGGAAUAUAUUUCUUUCUUUUUUACAGUUACAUAAUUGCCAGGUGGACCUGUUUAUUAUUAUUGUGUAGAGUAGCAUUUAAAAUUAACUGUAGCGAAAUUACUUUGAACCUUGUAUUUAAGUUAGCAUGUUAAUUAAUUGUGUAUACAUUUUGGCACACUGUCACUUUUAAGUAUAUCAGACCAACGGUUUUGUGCCCAUAAUAAAAAUGGAAAAGCCUGUUGAGUGUUACACAUUGGUAUCUUUAAUUUCAAUAGUGGGUCAGCUGGUUUCCUGGUAUACAAUUCAUUGAAAGCAAAGUUGGUGGAUUAUUUCCAUUUAAUUUAUACACACCAAAUUAAAACUUUAAUGUUGAUCAUAUAUAUACUUAAAGUAUAAUGCAUUUCCUUUUUUACUGUUUCUGUAUAGUUUACAAAAUAAAGACUCUU